GUCAAUAUUAAAUUCUUUGAUAAAAUAAAACAAUUAAAAAUAAAGUAACGAAGAAGAAAAAUCAACUCCAAAUAAACAUAAAGAAAGUCAAAAAACAAAUUUUACAACUGGAUCAAUGAAUACGAUUUCAGAAGAUAGUGACUUUUCUAGUUUACUUGGUAAUAAAUUUAGCUAUAAAAACAAUAAAUUUUAAAUGGUUACGCAUUUAAUUAAUUCUUAACAUAAGCAAAUAUUAAAUCAAACAUAUAAUUCGUAAGAAAAUUUGGAUUCUAAUAGUGAAUCUUCUACUUCUUCAUUACUUUAUAAAAAUAACGGAAGUGCUUAAUAUCAUAAACUAGCAAAUUCUUAUUUAUUUUCUGAUAUUUUUUAAUCGCCUACUAAAUUUAAUAGUUUGAUAUUAUUUUAAUAGUCUGAAAAUAAUUCCUAAUCUAAUUCUACUUAUUGUAGUUAAUAAUUAAAUGCUUCUUUAUAAAAAAUAUAUUAAUUUUUAAAUGUCGAUUAGUAGAUAUAUGAUAGUCAAACUUUAAAUGAAAUUUAAUGUAUUUUAUUUAAUUCGAAAUUUUUGAAUGAUUUCUAUGAUAAUAUAUUAAGUUAUUUUUCGAUAAAUUAGGAAAUUGUACCAUUUUUUAAUCAAUAAGUACUUUAAAAUAUGAUUUCUCAAAAUAUUAAUGAAUAAUAAAAUAGUUAUAACGAAAAAUACUAUUCGAUAGUAAUACAAGAAAAAAGCUUACAUAUAUUUAAUAUAAUAAAUGACUUAAUAUUUUAAACAAAAUAGAAACAAAUAAAAGCAUUCAUUAUAUUAACAUUAGAUUAUAUAAUAUCUCCAUUAACAUUUAUUUUUUAUUUAAUAUUUAAUGUAAAUUUGUUUGUUUUUUUUUUGUUUUUUUGUUUUUUUUAUAAAAAUAAUAUUUUUAUUUUUUAACUUAAAAAAAAAAUAGUUUUUUGUUAAAAAGAACCAAUUGGAUUAUGUAAAAGUGAAAAAGAAUAAUUCGAAAAUAGAUAAAAUUUAAUUUCUUAAAAUAUAAUCUAACUUUUAAAUGAUUUUAUAGAUUUAAGAAACGGAGAUUUUCUACAAACAAAUAUUUUGAGUUUAUUCUUGUUAAAAAUGUUAAAAUAAAGCACAGAGUUUAAAAAUACUAAUGAAAUUUUACAAAAAAUAAAAGUUAAAUAUACUGAAUAUGAGAUAAAAAAGAAAAAAUCAUCUAUAAAUUCAAAUCCCAUCAAUAUACCAAAAAUGAAUAUUGUUAUAUUUGAUGCUAGACCCCUUUUAAUUUAUAGUGCAGAGUUAAUAACUAAUGUAUUAUGUAUAAUGGACGCGAAAUGGUUUAUAGGACUAAAUUUAAGUGUUUUAUUAAGGUCUAAGUGUCAAGAUAGACUUAAAGAUACCUAUUUAUAAAAUAUUCAAGUAGAUUUAAUUAUAUGGUGUAUUGGUUUACUUUUGUAGUUUUGUCAAAGAAAGACGAGCAAGUGA